AGGCCGUUCAAGGUCGUUGAAACAAAACGGCGGUUAGAUUCGAAGGAGCCUACCGAUUUGACCUUGCCUUUUCCCCGUGCCUGUAUUUAUGACCUCACUCUAUUUUUAGCACAAUGGAGGACAGUAUGAGUCGUUUGCUUAUGCAAUCAACUUUAAUGGGGACUAUCGUUACAACAAUUGGUAAUCAUUUGUCGAAACUACAAUCUAAUUCACGUUUGCUUGAAAAGUUGCUAUGUUUUCUGUUCAAAAAUAAUAAUUUGGAAAGUGCUCAAAAUGUAUCGGCCACGGAAUUAUUAAACCAAAAGUUCGCUGUUGAUUCAGUUCAAAGUAUUGGUGAGUUGUAUGUCUCACAAAAAAGCAGUGACCUAGCAAAAUGGCUAGAGUUAACUGUCAUUCGUAGUCUUGAACAGCUUGAAUCCACAAAACGUGAAUCGGUGUGUUACAAGAGGACUAGCACUACUGUUCCACUUGAUAAGCAACUGUCUCAUAUAAGAAGUUUUCUUGAAAUCAGCAGGAAAAGAAAACAUCUGUUUAAUCUUUCUUCCGAGCUUCAAAACUUAAAACGCAUUCAACUACAAAAAUGUAAUGUGUCAAGAGACUUUUUAGAUGCUGAACUUCAAUUAUUAACGCUACAGACAAAGGUCCACUACAUGAAGCACCGUAUCGGGAAGUUAAAGUUGGACGUAGAAUGUAGCAAAACAAACCUUUUUGAAUAUGAAUCACUAGGCACAGAAAUGGUGGAUAUUGAAAGUCUUUUGAGAAAGAAACAGGAAACGAUUCGCCGUUUGCAUGAAGAAAAUGAAAAGCUGUUAGAUAACCUCCCUUUAUUAUGUCGUGAGACGAAACAAAUUAAGCAACAACUAUCGGGUCAGAUAAUUGAUACACAUAAAGUGGCGCAUGAACUAACAAGCAACAAUCUACUGCAGGAUUUUAAUGAAAGGAUUCAAGAUAUUUCAUUCGACAGAAGAACAUUUACCAGUGGGAAUACUUACGUCGACACUCUAAAUGCUGACAAUCUAUACAUAAAUUGCUGUAAUUUAUAUUCUCUUGAUCCUAAUCUUAAGAUUCCAGAUGUCCUGCUGAAAUGUAUUCUAACACAAAUCAAAGAAAGCUGGCUAGCUGAAAAUAGUUUAAAAUUGUUACACUAUCUUUUGAUGAAUUUAAACAAAGAAAUUCUCAUUAGUGAAAAACUGCAAAAUUACGACGUGACAUUUGAGGCUAAAGAGCUAAAACAUUUACUUCCUUGUGUUGCAAAUUUGAAAGAAUUAUCGAAAGAAAUAAGACAGCGCAUGUCAUUGUGCAAUGAAUUACUGUCCGACUGAGGAAAAUGAUUUCUGUAAAAGAAUCAAAUUAUCAAAAAUUUGUUUAACUUGCAUGUUUAUUGCUCUUAGCUGGUCAUCAGGAUUAGCUGAUUCACCAAGAGUUGAUGCAACAGCAAACAGGGAAGGCUGAAUAUGAUAAGAGAAAUCGAUAUAGUCAGUGAGAACUCACUUUAAUAGUUAUUACUGUUAAUUUUUUCUCUAAAAAAAGUUAUUGUAGUGAAAUAUUUACAUGUUCACGUGGCUUUCCUAACUUUACAUUCCAAAAUUCACUAUAGAUUAUGUUCUAUUAACUUAUCAGAUCAUUUUUUUUCUAGUGAAUUUAGAGUUUCGCGUCCGAGCUUUAGCAUGUAUCUGUGCGUUUAAAACAUUUUAGUAGGGAAUUAGUAAGAAGUACAAGCAGUAUCUUUAAGGGUUUCUAUAAUAAUGGAUUUCAGUGGCCUUUUAAAAUCAAAGGUUGUUAACAUUGUAUUUGGAACUACUCAUUUAAGGAACUUACCAUUCGUAUUUUUCUCAGGGGAAAUUGUAUGUUUAUCAGAGAUAAUGUAUACUACUAACAAAUGGCCAUAUCUGGUAUUGGUCAGCAGUGAGAUCUGUUGUAAGCGUUUCGUCAUCUGCUGAAACUCGUAACCGAUUCCAAACUCCUUAGCACAAUCCUUACAUCGAUAGUAGGCUAGCCAGUUCUGUUCAAUAAAUGAACAAAUAACACUGAAAAUAAUAAUAGUGACAGCUCUACAGUCUAUUGGUUAAUGCUUUGUUCUCUCAUCACAAGGAAUAGAUGCUCAGUUCGCGUUUCAUUGGUGGCCCUGAAGUUUGCUGAUGCAGAGAAACUCAACAGAUAAGUUUCAAAUAUCAGUAAAUACACUUACUGAAUCUCACUACCAGUCUCCCCACAAUAUAAUAGCGAUACAUAUACAAGCAAUAUCUGGUGGUCUAUUUAAUGUGUAUGCCAAUAGUAACUGACCUAACCAGUUCUACAGAUUAACAACUACAAAACACAAACCUUGGCAAUCAACAUUGGAAGUGUAUUUGUCAAAAGUCACUCUUAUUCAAAUGCUAUCCCACUGACGUAAGUCUAAUUUAGGGAAUAAAUAAUUCGAAUAUUUGAGAGCUCAAAUGAUUUUAGUAAGAAAUUUGUUAUUUUCUAAAAUUCAGCUGAAUGAAUAAUAUUUUUGAAUGAGUAGUAAUACUAUUGAUAUUCAGCAUAAAACAUACCUCAUGUUGUGGAUUGUAAGUUAAGGCAGUGUUUAGAUAAGACAAACCCUCUGAUUUCUUAUGAGACUCCAAGAGGACAACUCCCAACUGAAAGAGAAUGUUAAUGAAAUGUAAAGAGAUCCAAUUUAGCAAUUAUUCAUUACGGUGAAAACCAUCAAUUAGUCAAAGCGACAAUGCAUACGAACAACCAGUUUCGUUACUGUUUCCAUGAGGAAAUAGUAUGAAUACAUCAUAUUUAAAAAUGAAAAACAUUUGCUUAAUAACGUUCUAAAACUCUGGACCUUGAGACUAACUUUGUUCCCAAAGAAAAUAAACGUGCGAAUUUGUUUCUUGUGCUUUACCAGUAAAAAGCUAUUACAAACAUCUUAUAUUAAGUUUCACAUCGCCCAGCACAUUUGUUGAUUCAAUGGCGAAAAGAGGAAAUUGGUAUUUAGAUUGUAUUGGGGGACGCGUGAUCGUGCAAUCAUUACAGUAGUCUUAUUCUAUCUAGUCCAGUUAUCCAUUAGUUCGUCUAUAUUAUCAGUAGGACCAGUGACCUGUUUAUCAAAUGACAGCGAACAACAACCAAGAUCUUGACAAUUAUUUAUCUUUGAGCACUUAACCGAGUAUCCAAUCAGUAGGCGAAGAUAGAAAGCAGAUUAAUUCCCUAUUGUACUCUGUUUUAACCAGGACUAAAAACUCACAAUAUCAUAACUGAAAUGUCUGACCACAUAGCAGCACAAUUUGAAUAUCACAAUAUGUACAUGAAUUAACCAUAAUGGAAAUCAAAUCGUAAUAAUGGGAAAAUGAUUAAUUUUAGUAAUGAGGAAUCUCGUACUAAUGUCAAAAAGACAUCCAGUGCUUCCAGGUUUUCAUUAGUGGCCUAACUUAGAUCAGUUUAUGAUUUCAGUGAAAAUAAUUAAUGAUAAAUCUGAAAUAAUGAGACGGAUGACAGCUACUUGUCGAUAGGCGAAUACAAAAAUAAAGAAUAACUGAUUGGUUCAUGAUUUCAAUGAAUAAUACAAUAAUCCAAGCGUCUACUAAUUAUACAAUAAUAUAAAUAAUAAUCCCUCGUAUGAUAGCCUCGGAAGUUAUAUUUCCACACCAUUUACCUCAUUAGAUCAUUUAUAAUAUGAACCUUCGACACCGUCCCUAAAUAAUAUUCGUAUGCAUCUUAGAACAAGAAUGGACAGAUUGUCAACACAAAUGUGUUGGUGUUGUAAACCAUUUUCAAAUAGGAAUGGCUUUAAUUUUAAUGAAUGAGAGCUAUUUUGUUAUCAUCCAAAUAAAACUAUUUCUUUGAACUGAAUAGAUUCUG